AUGGAGAGGCAGGCGGACUACAUGCCCGGGUCGUGGGCGCGGUGGAUCCAGGCGUCCGCCGCCUCCGACCUGCACCUGCCGGAUUUCACGCGGAGGGCAAUGCCCUGGUAUUUCGCCCUGGCCACGGUGGAGUACGUGAUUUCGGAGUUCCGGAGGAAAAAGGUGUACUACCGGCGGCAGACCAUGUCCAACCUCUUCACGGGCCUCAUUGGCUUCGUCCUGACGGGGAUCUUCAUGAGGGGCCUCAACGUGUUCCCCUUUCUGGCGCUUUACCAUUUCGUGGGCAGAAAAGUGUCUCCUUGGACGCCUGAGACCUUCAAGAACCCAUGGGUAAACCUGGUGGCCUUCAUUGGUUUCGACUUGGCCUACUAUUGGUACCACAGGAUUUCUCACCUGACGAACAUUGGGUGGGCAGGCCAUUACGUGCACCACCAGUCAAGGGAUUUCAACAUAAUCACCGCUAUGCGCCAGGGGAUCACAGAGCCCAUGAUAACCUGCUGGUUUUACAUGCCACUGGGGCUCCUCGUUCCCCCUGAUGUCUACUUCUGGCACCGCACUGUCAACCUGGUCUUUCAGUUCUUCCUGCACACUCGUUUGAUUCCCAAGCUUGGGCCGCUGGAGUGGUUCAUGAAUACACCAUCGCACCAUCGGGUCCACCAUGCGAGGAACUAUGGGCGUGCAAACUACGGAGGGAUCUUGAUCAUCUGGGACCGCAUUUUUGGAUCAUUCGAGGCUGAGAGGGAUGAUCGGGAAUGCGUCUACGGAUUGGAUACUUUGCGCAUAUCCAUGGACACGUACAACCCCAUGUGGCAUCAGGGGCAGCAUUGGAUAGAGACUAUGAAGUUGACAUUCACAAGCAACCCUAUCAGGGCGCUCUUCACGAGAGCUUUCUCAAAGAACAUGGUAUCCCCUCUGGUGACAGAUGCGAUGAAGGACAAUCAAGGGAAGAUCACCAUCAAACCUAGCGAAGGCCCUAUUGACCAGCGCCCCUUGUGCUGGAUCGACAUCUACGUUGCCAUCCAGGCACUAGCUAUUGGCGGGCCCUGCGCCCUGGCCAUUGCAGCACAUGCGCAUGAGAUGGAACCCCUCACACUCAUCCUGGCAGUACUGAACUGUGGGGCGGCCUUCACAACGGGGGGCAUGAUGAUGGAUGAGACGCUGCGAGGCUUGCACGCUGAGUUCAUCAGGCUGGCAGUGCUGCCCUUCUUCGCAUUUGCGUAUCUGCCCUUGAUGUGGGCCCUGCGCACGGCUGCCUUUUGUGGUGUCUCAAUCGUUGCGGCACACCUCGCCCAUCACAAUAACCACAAGUCUCUUCCGCUGUCCAACCUCCUCAAGAGGAGCGCAAUGGAGAUGGUGAAGAAGGCCGCAUAG